AUGAUUUCUAUUUUCCUCCGCGCUCUCUUAACGGCGUGCCCACUCCUUACCUUGUCCGCGCCAGUUUACCAGAUCCCACUAGGACAGAGCUCGGUUGGUGAAAUUUCGAACGAGCUCUUCGAGCAGCUAGAGGGCCUUGCCGAGAUUGUCCAACUGUACUCAGAUGAUUCUGCUAGAUUGCGCCGGGAUGCCCUGUUGAAGAACUUGGAUGUGGUUCAUCAAUGGGAUGAUGUGGAUAUCCGGGGGUAUGUAGCAGUCGACAAUAGGUGUGGGGGUAUCUAUCUUGUGUUUGAUGGAGAGUACGGGCAUGCCGACGCUCUUGUUGACCUGGCGAAUCCUCUACCGUUUGAGGCCGCUGGUGUGUAUGGGAGCGGGGGAUUGGUUCAUGAUAGGAUUCAAAAGGGGUGGGAGGCUGUUGGAGGAGCCGCUCUUGAUAGAGCCAGCCGGUUGCGGAGCAAUUAUGGGCAGCGUAAGUGGUUUCUACAAGAAUUUUAUGGGCACCGCUUAUAUAGCUUGGGCGAGAGCAGAUGGGAUGAAUAUCGUUGGCCGUGGGGUUGGGGGCUCAGUUGCUUCUUUAGCAGCGCUGAACUUUGCUAUGCAAGGAUGGGAGCCAAGGUUGACGACAUUUGGGCAGCCAAGAUUUGGGGACGCUGAGUUCAUGAAGUUCUUUGAUGAAGUAUCAUACAUUUGCCUCACCUCCCCUCACCCUUUCUAGCGAGUGAUAAGGGAUGCAGAGGUGUUAACUUGAACGCAGCACGUGUCUCCAGAAGGAUACCGUCGGGUGACGCAUAUUACAGAUCCGGUUCCCAUGCUCGAAUUUCCGGAGCUAGAUCUAAUUCAUACAAAUGUCCUCUCCCCACGUCUUAAUUCUCUAUCUUCUGACUAAUGGCUCACCAGGAAGAGUAUUUUAUUCACAAGCCCUUCCCACCAUACCUCCCAUCCGACAUCCGGGUCUGCGCACUCGAAAGCGAAGACCCGAUAUGUUCUGCCCGCGCGCGCACCUCCCCUUUUGACCUCCCGUUCACCCAAAGUCCAUAUCUAGCCACUAAACCCGCCGCCCCAAUAGAUAUGGAUACAUUCCUUGACUUGCCCUCCCAAUUCGCCGAACUGGACAUUGAAUUCUUCCCUCUUGCACAAGACCUCGACUUUGGCUUCUCUCUAGACCUCAAGCCAUUCCAGGCCGCUCCCCCCUCAUCUUCGCUCCUAUCCCUCCUAAACCCUUCACCACCAAACCCCAACCUCAACAGGCGCAGCAUAGACAGGGCCCUGGAAUACUUCCACCUCCCGAAGCACCAGCUCGAGGCUUCCCUCGCUGAUGCCGAGGCGGUCACAGCGUACGAAGCUUCUCUUGCUCAAGACCCGAAUGAUCCAAAUCAUGUGUCACACGACUGCGAAAACCUUGAAAACGGGGAGGAUCUAGUCUCCCAAGCGUCAUCAAUCAUAAUCUACAACGGCAGGCCCGUGGAAGUGGAUGGUAGACCAGCGCUCUCGCCCCGCGACCUGUUAAGCGGUAAAGGCCGCAUCGGCCGUUGCAGGAGGGAUGGCCCAGGAGUGGGCCUCACCCUGGAGAACACUACCCCAGCGCACACCGCCUCUGAGCCGAGAGUGGAGGAAGAAAUGGUUGACGUGGGCGGGAACUCGAUUGAAGGCGAAGCGGUAAAUGUGCAGAAGGGACAAAACUUCCGGGUCUACAACGACAUCCCUGUGCGCAAAGAUGUGGAUGCUCGCUGCACUGGCGGUGCCGGUGGGGGGGUUGAGGGGCCCCCUUUUGUGAAGGUUGAAGGUGAGAAAGUGGAGGUGGUGGGGGCGCAGGACGAGGCGAAGGGAUUGCCGGAGAGGAGGCUCACAUAUGGGUGGGGAAAGUGGGAACCGUAUAUGCAUUAUCUUGAAGGGCUUGAUGGUCCCGCGAUCAUGAGCGUUGCAUAUGAGGAUGAUUUGGAUAGUGGGAUUUGGGCAGGGGAGGCCCCAGAUGGGAUUACCAAGGACAGAUUCUGGGGGGAUAUGGGGAUAUGA